AUGCAGGGCUAUACCUCUCGGCAGUUUUUACCUCAGCUACGGUCUCUUGACAAAGCGCAGUCAUUGCAGCUACAGCCGCCACCGCAGCCUCACCAGCAGCAGCCACCGCAGCCUCCGCCGCAUCAGCCACCGCGGCCUCCGCCGCGGCAGACGUCGCAGCCUCCGCAGCAGCAGCCGCCGCCGCCGCAGCAGCCUCCACAGCAGAGGCCCUCGCAGCCUCCGCAGCAGCCGCCGCAGCCACCAGCCCGCCAGAGAGGGACCUCGCUCAUUCAGCGUCUACGCCAGCAGCUCCUGCGCCGCCGACAACUACAAGUGACGGCCCCCAGGAUCCGGCCGGUAGAGGCCGCAGGACUGUUCCGGCGCCAGCCAAGGCGGCAACAUCCAAGGGGGCAUACACCGCAGCCUCCGCCAGGGUCGCCGACACUGCCGACGCCUCCCCCGACACCGCCGGCCGCUCCGCAAAGACCGCCAUCGACCGCCGCGCGAAAGGUGACCCUCCAGCUAGCCACCUGGAAGCUAGAGCGGCUAGACAUCCCGCCGCCUGCUAGGACCAGGCCACCGAGGUAUUGCCUACACCCGUGGGACCUGCGGGUACGCCGGUACACCUCGCCGAGGUAUCAACGGGCGUCUCCACCGGCGAGGCCUCAGGAGCUGUCCUCUGGUUCAGAGUGGGAGACCCCCAGCCAGAAAGCGACGAGCCGCCAAUCCGAAGACAUCAACGGCAACUACUGGGGCCCAGAAAAGAAGACUCUGACGCAGCCCUCGCUCAUCUACCGAGAGCGAGUCACCGCGAAGUGUCGGACCACCCGGUGGACAAGCACGCAGCCGCCGCUCACAUACAAGGAGCGCAGUCCCUCUAAGUGA